AUGGGAACUAGUUCAAAACUUGAUGUGGAUUUGACUGGAAUUAGUGUUGAUCAAACCUUGUAUAGAAGCAUGAUAGGAAGCUUGUUGUACCUUACUGCUAGCAGACCCGAUAUUUCUUUUAGUGUUGGUGUUUGUGCUAGAUAUCAAGCUAAUCCUAAGGAAUCACAUCUAAAGGCUGUUAAACGCAUCAUUAGAUAUGUUUCUGGAACUUCUAACUAUGGGGUGGUGUACAUCUUUGAUUCCAAUGUUGAGAUUGCAGGUUAUACUGACUCAGAUUGGGCAGGAAAUGUGGAUGAUAGAAGAAGCACCUCGGGUGGAUGUUUCUUUGUGGGAAACAAUCUUGUUUCAUGGCAUAGCAAGAAGCAAAACUGUGUGUCUCUCUCAACUGCCGAAGCCGAGUACAUUGCAGCUGGUAGUUGUUGCACCCAAAUGUUAUGGAUGAAACAAAUGUUGAACGACUAUGGUUUCCCUCAAGAGAAGCUUGGCCAGGCUAUUCCCAAAGUAAAUAGGCCUCGGUCGUUGUGA